AAAGUUGAAGUUUACACACACACCCCGUGGCUCGUGCCUUUUGUCAUUUUGAUUUAGUUACGUGUUGUACUAUGUUUGGAUAUUAAAAAUAGUGAAAAUAUAGAUAGGUUAACUCUUGUCGGCCCGAUCCGAAUUACUACAUGCGAGAGGAUAUGUGAGCUAUAUGAUAAAGAAGACCGACGGUCUAAAAAAAUAAAAGUUGUUCCAUAAUAAUAAACCCUAAUUACAAUCGCAAAUUUUGAUGGCAGGCGAGAGCUCCACCGCCGCUGCUUUAAAAAUCCGUAGCUGCCGCCGCAAAGGCCUUCGUCGCAACCCCACGAAAAUCAAAGAAGCAGUACUAGACUUAAUAAGCUCUUUACCUGAUGAUAUCCUACAACAUAUCCUCUCCUUUAUUCAGACCAAAAUCGCCAUCAAAACUUCCCUCUUGUCAAAACGAUGGAGGCAUGUAUGGUGUGGUACACCUUCUCUAUCAUUUAGUUGUAAUAGAGUGGAGGCUCCUUUUAUAAAUAAAACCCUAACUCGCUAUACAUCUUCCAAGAUGAUGAGUUUUAAGCUCCAUUCGAACUUGUCCGAAAAUGUUCCCCACCUCGACAGUUGGAUCGAGUUCCUCAUAUCACGUAACGUGGAGAAUCUGUCUAUGACUUUAUGGCAUUCCGAUGAGUACAAGUUUCCUGAUUUCUUCUACAUCAAUUCUUCUGUCAAGCAACUCUUUGUGGAGUUAAUUAGACUGCGCUGAUAUGAGGAUUCCAACAUGCAUUCCGUGUCGUGGACAUGUCUGAAGAAGCUGUCUUUGCGUAAAUGUCGUCUCUCUGAUGAAUACAUGGCUAAGAUUCUCUCUGGUUGUCCCAUUCUCGAGAGCUUAAAACUGUGUUUUUGCGAUGCACUGGAGGUUCUUGUUCUCAGCAAAUCGAUGCGUCUGAGAACAUUAGAAGUAGAACGCAACCAUUGGACUUUGGGACCAACGCAGAUUGUGGCACCAUAUAUCCAUUGUCUCAUUUUGACAAGCUCUCAGGUGUCCCCAUGUACUUUAGUUGAUGUCUCGUCUUUAGCCGAAGCUAAACUUAACAUUGUCGUUUGCCCAUAUGAAAGAACCACCAAAGCUGAUUUUCUUCAAGACAUGGUGCUAAAGAUGCUAGCAAAGCUGCAGAAUGUUGAGAAGCUUGCUUUUGGGGAAAUAUUUAUUCAGGUUUUAUCUCUUGCCGAGUUACGUGGUGUUUCUUUUCCGAUGUUCAAAGUUAAAGCUUUGGCUCUGAAGACGUCGAUUUCUCAGAAUGAUAUUCAUGGUAUAGAAAGGAUAUUACAAAAUUCACCUGAUUCAAAGACGCUAAAGUUACACAUAAGAAAUGGCAACACCAUCCCGGAGGUGAAUCUUGACGAAUACGUGGCUUCACAAGGCAUGAAUCCGGAUCUGUGUUGGAGAUCAAAAGAUGGGACCUAUUGGAACAGAUCCCGUUGUGAUGUAGAGCCAAAGCACGUGGUUUCAUUCAUGAAACGUAUGGUUAAAACCACAAAAACAUUAGAGAAAAUGGUCGUCAAGUUGGAAGACACUUACGGUAAGUUCAAAGAACUGGUUUCCAAGACACUUUCUCGCAACAAAAAUGUCUCCAUUGUUCUCUCAACCAUGCCGAUGUCAUGUGAAUCAUAGGCAUUUAUCGAGUUUAAUCUCUCUCUUUUUUCAUAAAAAAAAACCCCAAAUAUUGGAAAAAUUAUUGAAGUUGUGUUUUUUUUCUUUUCGAUCAUGGGAUAACAUGUCAUUUUUGGUGUGGUUCUUUAUUUGAGAUGAUAACAAACAAGUUUCUGAUAGAGAACACGAGAGAAGACCCAAGUAGACUUAUCAUUGGAUGGAUCCAGAUUAUGUUGGAAAGAAAGAGGCUUUAGAUAGUUAUAAAACAGCUAAUUACGUUUGGAGAAUUGGCUUGAGAAUCAAAUCUACUUCUGAAAACCAAAGUGAUAAGAAGUCUUGAAAGUCUCUAGUUCAGUCCAAAGGUUUGGGGAGGCUUUGAUCAUUUGAUGAAUUGAAUUGCUUUCUACAACG